CGGUAUUGCAACCUCUUUGAUUUGUGUACUCAUCAGCUGAUUCUUAAGCUCCCAAAAGUGAGAAUCUUUUUUUGAAGGAGAUAAAUUUAGCAGGCCAAGAGGUCCAGGCUCAGAAUCACGAGGCCGAACAACCCUAGGUCCCAGUCGCGUGCCGAGUUUGAUUUUGGACUUGGUGAUUUUGCGAAAGCAGUAUCUGGUUUUGCAAAUAUUAUGUUGUCUUUCUGGCCUUUGGGUUAGAGAGACUCGUUAUUUUUGCUACCAAGCGUCGGCUGAGACCUGACCGCCGUGAGCGGGGAAGUCUUUCCAUGCCUCCAGAGAUCGAGAAAGUUCAAGAGAACAUCGAGCCUUACAGCGUCAACAAUUUCUAUAAUGUCCCGCCACCGAGACGAGUAUCGGCAGUGGCCUUUUCUUAACCAAGAAGAAUUCGAAUUAGCCUGUGCUUUCUUCGAUCAGAGAUAUGUCAGAGCAAGCUUAGGCCCAACAAGACAAAUUUUUAAGAUCAGAUCACGGCGGACAUUAACGACUGGGAACUCUUACAUCGAGAUUCUCCGGCUAUUGCAACUUCCAGAAGACGAAGAUGAGUUAUCACUUGCACUUUCAAAGCUUGGAAAUGGUGGUGAUGGCUUAAAUUCGGGAAGUGGCAUGGAAAUUGACAUAACAGAAGAGGAUGCAGACGAGGAAGCCCUUCGGAGUCACACGAGUUCAGAAACAAAUUCCAAAGGCAAGCAGGAACCUCCUGGUUACAGUCUCUAUUCACACCAACCGUAUGUGACAUAUGAGAUCCAUCUUCAUCCAACUUAUAGCAUGCCCACUCUCUGGUUCAUGUUACAUGACCUUCCAAUGGGCGAACCCUCAUUCGAUGUAGAUGCCGUCUAUCGAUACCUCGUGCCUCCCGAGUACAAAAGCCGACUGCGGGCAGCUGGUGUGACGGGGGGGGUAUCAGCAGCCCCACAUCCAAUAACAGAUAUACCAGCUUUUUUCAUUCAUCCAUGUCAGACGAAAGAAGCUAUGGAGAGCUUUGGUUGCCCUAUAAAGGACUAUCUGAUGGUAUGGAUUGGGUUAGUUGGAGGUUGCGUAGGAUUAUGGAUUCCAUCUGAGAUGGCCCGAGACGAGAAAGAGGACCAAUAG